AUGUCGUUUAAAUUAAAAUCUUUUAAAUUACCAUCCAAAAAAGUAAUGACAUUUUUUGGAACAUGCAUUGGAAUUUCAGGUUUAAUUUAUCGUGAUAAUGUUUUAUCAAAAGAAGCAAAAAAAAACGUUCAAGAUAGAGUUUCUCACUUAGCUUUAGAACCAUUGGGUGUGCAUGAACUGCCUAGAAAAGUAUUUAUAUAUUUGGCACCACCAGUAGGUGAUGGAUUGUAUAAAACAAGAGAAUAUUUCAGGGAAUAUGUAAAGCCAAUUCUUGUUGCUGCUGCAUUAGAUUAUGAAGUAGUUGAAGGCGCACGACGCGGAGAAUUAAAAUCCAAAGUAUGUGAAGAAAUAAUACAAAAACGUCGUGAUCUUUCUUCAAAUACCGACAACAAGGAUCCAUCAUCAUUAAAUAGAGUUGGGGAUGGUGGGAUUAUUGUUGUUGGUCGUGUUGGUUGGGUGGAAUUUCUUGAAGGAUUAAAUCAAGGAUGUUUUUCUUCACUGGAACAACCCGCUGAUGAUUCCACCAAACAGGAGAAUCAAGAAAAUUUGCAAAUCAAUAAAUCGACUCAAGAAAUACAAUUUAAUGAAGAAGAAUUUUCAAUUCCAAAAGUUGAUCAAGUUGGAUAUAUUCAUUUUUAUAAUAGAAUAGGUUGGAAAAAUUUUCCUUUAAGAGUUUAUCAUUUUUUUAAUUCGUAUAAAAAUUUUGAAAUUGCCGGCGAAGAGGCUGUCGGAAUAGUAUUGGGGAAAACAAGAGAUUUUAAAAAUGAAGAUUUGGAUUUUGGAAAAGACGAAGAAAUGUUUUUUAAAGAUGAACUUUCUGAACCAAAACUGGAUAAAAGAAUUGCUAAUAAUCUAAAAAUUUAUACUCUCGGCACUUAA